CUGAUCGACGGGGGAGGGGGGCGUUCGGUCAGUCAACGUUCCUUUGCUCCCUUUGUCCCAUCUUGGGACCGUUGUCAGUUCCCCGAGCCCGGCGUAGAAGGGAGGGGGGAGAAGGAGGAGGAGGAAUAGGGGAAACCUCUCAGAGUCGCCCAGCUCGGCGUUGGCCUCCUCAUCCUCCUCGGCCCCGCUUCCCUCAGUGCCCGUUAGCAGUGGCCUUCCUGGGCACCUUUUCGAAGAGAUGCGAUUGUGCAACUUCCCACAGCCUGUCGUUGCAGGAUGUGCCUCUCCUGAAGCUGACUGUGAAAUAUGAGUUAUUUUGCCACUGGAUAGAAAUUUGGGCACCAACAGAGAAUCCCUGUUUUCCAGCCUGGCUGGGUCUGGGGGAGUGAGAAUCCUAGUGUCCCCCUUGCUGUGGAAAUCUGGCACUAAAAUAACUGUUCACAAUGGCACAGUUCAAGCGUCAGAAGCAACUGCGAGCCAGUAAUCUUCAGGGAGCUAGGCCAUUCUCAGGAACCCAACCAGCCUCUUUAUUGGGACCUGCACCUGGCCUAUUAAAUCCUCCUGUCUCAGCAGAUAUUAUUCAGGCGGCACGCCAUCUUCAGGGGGGAGAGAAGCAACGUGUUUUUACUGGAAUAGUCACCAGCCUCCACGAUUACUUUGGCGUGGUUGAUGAUGAAGUUUUCUUCCAAUUAAGUGUUGUCAAAGGCCGAAUCCCACAGAUUGGUGAAAAGGUGCUGGUGAAAGCUGUCUACAACCCGAGCCAGUCAGUGCCAUGGAAUGCCUUGAAGGUUCAGACAUUGUCAAAUCAGCCUCUUCUGAAGCCCCCCACCCCUCUGCUGCAUGUGGCUUCUUUGGGGCAGAAGCAAGGCAUCCUGGGAGCCCAACCACAGCUACUGUUUCAGCCUCACCGUAUCCCACCUCUCUUUCCCCAGAAGCCAAUGAGCCUCUUCCAGACAUCUCCAUCACUCCACUUGAGUCAUCUUGGCAGAUACACUGGUCGGGGUCCAAAAGGCAGGCCAGAGUCGGGCAGAUGGGAUGACUUUGAUUCCAAGAAGCGGAAGCAGAAGGGUAAUGAGCCAUGUGCAGUGAAAAAGCCACGACAUGAACCUCCCCAGUACCGGGUCCAGUUGGCCUGCUAUGCUGUGAACAGUCCCUUCUGCGAUGCCAUGGAAAUCUUGAGGCGUUACUGCAGUAUCCAGCUGCCCAAGGAGUUCUAUGAUGUGCGUCUGUGUUGGUUGGACACCUUCCCGCUCACUCAGCCACUGACCCUUCGGCACCCCAGCCGUAUCCAGGUGGCCAAUCCUGCUGAAGAGGUGCCUCAGGUUGAUGAGGACACCAUGCAGGAUACCCAACCAGAAGACAUCAAUCCUGCAUACAGUGCCAAGGUUUUGCUGCUCUCGUCUCCGGGCAUUGAAGAAUUUUAUCGCAAUUGUUUGCUAUAUAUUGAAGAUCCCAGUGACCAGCGGGAGAGUCCUAACCACCCAACAAAGCAAAUUAAGUUCUUGCUGGGAAAGAAAGUGGAUGAAGCAGUGCUGAUUGGAGGGGAGUGGUCCCCAUCUCUGGAUGGUCCUGACCCAGCUGCAAACCCCAUGGUUCUGAUUCGCACAGCCAUUCGUUGCACCAAAGCACAGACUGGUUUGGACUUGAGUGGCUGCACUAAAUGGUUCCAGUUUGCUGAGUUCAGAUACCUUCGCGAGGGAAGCCCAUCUCAUCAGGAGCGGACAAUGGUCUUCCUGCCAGAUAUUUGGAGCUGUAUGCCAUCUCUUGAAGAAUGGGAAGCCUUGUGCAAGCAGAAAGCAGAAAAAGCUCCUCCACCGUCAGAAGAGAAAGCCAAGAUGGAAGAGGAAACUGUACAGACCUCCGAAUCAUGCUCUGAGCAGGAGAUGGAGACCAGCGAACAGGAAGUAGACUCCAGAAAACCUGCCCCUGAGCCAGCUGUUGAGACCCCGGCACCUGAAGCAGAGGCCCCAACUCCUCCCUUGGAGCCUGCCAUUGUUGCCCAUCUGCAGCCAGCACUGCAGGGUGGGCAGCCCAGCUGCACCAACAUCUCUUUUUGCACCCUGCUGGAGUACAGGCGACAGCGGGAGAAACUCUCCUUUGAGGUGGCAGUGGUGGCAGAGUUCUUCCAGGAGAUGCUCCAACGAGAUUUUGGCUAUAAGCUCUACAAGGCAUUACUGGCCUUGCCGGAGAAGGACGAGCCAGUGGAGGCAAAGAACCCCGAGCAGGAGAAAGCAGCCGACUCGGAGAAGGAGGGAGAGAAUGAGCUAAAAGAAGAGCCUCAAGAGAAUCUGGGGGCAGAGGGAGGACCCGAAAAUAGCCAGAAGGAAGCUCAGAAGGAGGCGGCUGGGGAUCCUGAGCAGAAGCCUGCAGGUCAAGACGGAGCCAGUUCAGCGAAGGAGAAGGACAGCAGGAAUGCCAAAGCAGAACUGAAGGAUUCCCCAGAUGAGCUCUGUGAGCUGAGCUUAGAGGAUGACCUGCUGCUGCUGAGAGAGGAGGAGGAGGAGGAGGAUUUUGGUGUCAAGUUGGAAGAUGCUGAAGUGAGAUCAGUUGCAUCAAACCAAUCAGAGAUGGAGUUCUCCUCACUUCACGAUGUGCCCAGAGACCUAGACCCAAGUGCUGUGUUGCCGUUGGAUGCCCUUCUAGCCUUCAUUUACUUUGACUUGAAUUCCUGUGGCUACCUGCACAGGAGGGAUAUGGAAAAGAUCCUUCUCACCUUGGGGCUGCAUCUCUGCAAAGAGCAGGUGAAGCGCCUGGUGAACAGGGUGGUGACGCAGUUCAUGUGCCGUUACCGAAGCCUCCGCUACAGCCGACAGGAAGGGACUGAGCCAGGCCCUGAGGAGGAGGAGCCAUUGGGCAACCUCGCUCUACUGUGCUCAUCAACCUCUGUGACUGAGGGUCCUACCAAGUCUAUUCCACAGACUCCAUCUGGCAACCUUAUUUUGUACAAUGGGGCUGUCCUCAAUGUAGGCAAACUGCUGGAAAAGGCGGAGCAGACAGAAAACAGCCGACUCUAUUUAGAGAACAAAAUCCACAUGCUGGAGCUCAAAUUGGAAGAAACCCAGAUGCGCUUCUCAGCAACAGAGACGUCCAACAAGGCCCUGACAUUGGAGGUGCAAGAGCUGCAGAAGCGCCUCACAGAGAUGGAGGAGCAGUCCAAAGGGAACGAGAGGCAAAAGUCUUAUUUCCAGAGGCUGCUGCAGGAGAAUAAGAAGCGCCUGAUCCCACUGCAGCUGGAAAUCCAGAAAAUAAUUGAGAAGACCAAUAAUUGCUUAGAAAAGAAGGAACCGACACCUACAGCAGUUUCCAGCAACUGACAUUCUCUGGAGAAGCAGCUCAGCAAGGAAGAUCUGUACCCUGGUUUGAUAUUUUUGGGCUGUGGGUUUGUGGUUGGGGUAAGCCUUUGAAACCUUCAACCCUUUUGCUGUCACAUGAAAGGCUGGAGCUGGUGUUCAUCCUAAACCAUCACCACCACUCUCCGGCUUGGGGGUGGGGUGGGGUGAAGACCACUUAGCCUAAACUUGGCUUGAAUUCACAGUUCAUAUGCUGGAGCCGCCAUUAUUGUUUAAUGGAUACCACUUAGGUAGGAGUUUUGAUGGUCUUUUGUGUGAGUGGAGAAGCUACAAUGCAGGUAUUCUAAGGCAGCAGCGGCAAGUAUCAGAAGGGAAAUUCUUUGCCUAAUACUGAACCUGAGGCAGUGGGAAAUGGACAACAGGUGUCAAUCGCACCAGAGGCGUAGGGCAUGGCUAGCCUCUUUGUGCUGCAUGGAGACUUUUUUCUUUUAAGCCCCCUCUCCAUCCCCCCCCCGCUUUUGCUCAAGGAAGUGGCAUUAAAAGGUCCUGUUGGAAGGCUGCAACAUUGGCAGGACUUGAAACCAUCAGACAGAACCAUGCAGUGUCUCUUGACUUUAUGUCCUAUUGCUGGUACUGUGGGUUGGCGUUUGGACCCUUAUACAUUCAUUACAGCAUACUAGCCCUUCUAAGGAAAGUAAUGCCAUUUGAUUCCCUCUAGGCCAGUUUUGAGUCACUCAUUUGCAAGAUGUAACUUUAAAGGCUCAGCAAUCUGCUGUGUUUUUGCCAGCCUUCGAAUGCAAGUGAAGUUCUGCAGUGCAUUUAACUUCCAUUUUGGGGAAGUAGCAGGAGGGCUGUGGUAGGUAGCUGAUUGGGUCCCUGUGGUAGUGAGUAGUGAAGUAGCGGGGAGGGGGUGGCGGUCCAAAGCCAUGGCUGGGCAUGGGCUCUCCUGCAUUAGGUACUGGUUACAUCUACUGUGGCCACCUGUUCCCCCACCCUCAGGUGGUCUGUCUCUUCUGGAUGUGUUGUUUUUAGUCUGUAACAACUUGUAUUCACCUGGCCAGGUUCCCUUUUAUAAAAGUCUCUUCCCCACUUGGAA